AUGUACCGCCUACCAAAUGCUGUUCGCUCUGUAGCCCUUCGCAAAACUCAACAAAUCAAUGAAAUUCAGCGUUGGUAUGCCAAAGAUGUCAGGUUUGGAUCCGAAGUUAGAGCUCUCAUGCUUCAAGGGGUUGAUAUCCUUGCUGAUGCUGUGGCUGUAACUAUGGGUCCAAAGGGACGUAAUGUCAUCAUUGAACAAUCAUGGGGCUCACCAAAAAUUACCAAAGAUGGUGUAACAGUAGCUAAAGGAGUUGAACUCAAAGAUAAGUUCCAGAAUAUUGGUGCUAGAUUGGUACAAGAUGUAGCUAACAAUACAAAUGAAGAAGCAGGAGAUGGAACUACUACAGCUACAGUUCUAGCUCGUUCAAUAGCUAAAGAAGGUUUUGAUAACCUUGGCAAAGGAGCUAACCCUGUUGAAAUCAGGAAAGGCAUCAUGGUGGCAGUUGAAAAAAUAACAGAAACUCUGAAAACACUCUCCAAACCCGUCACCACACCCGAAGAAAUCUGCCAAGUAGCCACUAUUUCCGCCAAUGGAGAUGUCUCUGUUGGUAACCUAAUUUCAGAUGCUAUGAAGAGAGUCGGAAAGGAAGGGGUUAUCACAGUUAAAGACGGGAAGACCUUGAAUGACGAACUGGAAAUCAUUGAAGGAAUGAAAUUCGAUCGUGGUUACAUUUCUCCAUAUUUUGUCAACACCACGAAAGGAGCUAAGGUAGAAUAUCAAGAUGCCCUUUUGCUUCUUAGUGAGAAGAAAAUCUCAUCUGUACAGAGCAUCGUACCAGCGUUGGAAUUAGCUAAUGCUCAAAGGAAACCUCUGAUUAUCAUUGCCGAAGAUGUUGAUGGUGAAGCCCUAACUACACUUGUAGUCAAUAGACUUCGCAUUGGUUUACAAGUAGCUGCUGUGAAAGCUCCAGGUUUUGGAGACAACAGAAAAUCCACUCUCCAUGACAUGGCUAUUGCUACUGGAGGUAUCGUAUUUGGUGAUGAUGCCAAUAUUGUUAAGCUUGAAGAUAUCAAGCUAUCGGACUUGGGACAGAUUGGUGAGAUAGCCAUCACAAAAGAUGAUACUCUUCUACUGAAAGGAAAAGGCAAAAAAGAAGACAUUGACAGGCGUGCAGAACAGAUCCGGGACCAAAUCGACACCACAACAUCCGAAUAUGAGAAAGAAAAACUCCAAGAAAGGUUGGCGAGAUUAGCCUCGGGUGUAGCCGUUCUCAAAGUAGGUGGUAGCAGCGAGGUGGAGGUGAACGAGAAGAAGGACAGAGUGACUGAUGCUCUGAACGCCACCAGGGCUGCAGUAGAAGAAGGUAUCGUACCCGGAGGAGGUACUGCCCUAUUGAGAUGCAGCAACAGUUUGAAUUCCAUCAAGCCACCCAAUAAUGACCAAGCCAUCGGUAUUGAAAUCGUGAAGAGGGCAUUGAGAGUACCUUGCAUGACCAUUGCUAAAAAUGCUGGAGUAGAUGGAGCUUCUGUUGUUGCCAAAGUGGAACAACAUGAAGGAGACUAUGGAUAUGAUGCCCUCAAUAAUGAAUAUGUCAACAUGUUCGAGAGAGGCAUUAUUGACCCUACCAAAGUUGUCAGAACUGCCAUUGUCGAUGCCUCUGGAGUAGCAUCCCUCCUGACCACCGCAGAAGUAGUCAUCACCGAAAUCCCGAAAGAGGAGCCGCCAGUCCCAACAGGCAUGGGCGGAAUGGGAGGAAUGGGAGGAAUGGGUGGAAUGAUGUAA